AUAUCAUGUGUUUUGUGCAUAGAUUUUAUAUAAUCAAUACAUUAUAGACGCCUUAUAAACGCUCACAUUUUAUGUUAGGAUAUUUCCAAUAAAUUAUAUUGUGUUUUGAAAAAUGUAAUAAUUGUUUAAUUUAUAUUUUUAUGUUUUAGACAUUUCAUAAAAAUAUUUUAUUUGUGUCGAUAUUAUACUAAAUUAUAUCGACUGACUUAUUGAAUCAACACUCGUGUGAAACAUUUCAAAAAAUAUAAUUUUCUCAUUAUUAGUGUGGCUUUUAAUUGCAUAAAUGGACGGAACGGACACACAUUUGAGACAUUUAGUUGUGUUAUUAUUAAUAUUAUGCAAAAACAUUGAAACAAAUCAAUUUUGCGAAUCCUAUGCACAAAACUAUAAUAAUAUCGAUUACGGAUUGCGACAAAUCAAAGACAAUCACAGCGUUUCCAAUAGCUAUCUAUUCAUUGAUAAUCACUAUUGGGAUCUCGAUUUCAACGAUAAUAUCGAUGACCACAAGAAGACAGUGAAACUGUGGAGGACUGAGAGCCGCCGAUCGUUGCAUUGGUUCGGCGGUCACUAUUCAAUGGCCAUCGGCUUAUGGAGACCGGGAAACCAAAUCGAAACCUGUAUUUUCGGACUCAUUAAUGGCAACAAAACCAUAAUCGACUUUCGAGUACGAGUGGGACACUCGGGUCGGGAGCACAAAAUCAAAGAGUACCAGAAAGUGAUUGAGACAAACAUCGAGUUCAAUGAAUUCGAUCCCACCAUCGCUUAUGUGCCAAAUCGUGAACAAUAUUCGGGCAAAUAUGUUGUGUUUGUUGAACAAAAACAGUCGGAUUCCCAAACAUAUCACUUAAUUAGCAAAGUGUUUGAAUUUGACGACAACUAUAUCGGCGCCGAAGUGUUAAAUACUAGUCUCCGGCAAGAGUUGGAUCCGACAGCUCUCCGAUACUUAGACAACAAAUUGGAUGUCAUGUCGAUUACGGCUCAGGAGGACGAGACGGGCCAAUACGGGCUGAUCGUACUCUUCAGGUUCGACAAUGUU